AAUCUGGCUGUUAGUGCAUGCAAGUGCACGUCCAACUUUGCAUUGAAUUAAAAGUAAAACAUUUUUGUUAAUUGUUAGUGUUAGUUUUAUAUGUAAAGUUAAUUGUUUUUAAAAUAUUUAUUAAAAAAAUUAAAAUACAUUUAAGCAGUCAAUGGCUUUCUCUUCCCCAGUACCGUUAUGUAAUGUACGUAAAAAAAUAUUUGUCAAUGGAGUGAUGUCACAUGCGGCAUUUGUACAAAUUAUAUUGCUGGCCCUAGUGACCCAAAAUCAUCUAGCUGUGGCGAGUCGUUGCAAUUUGGAUCAAUUUAUGUGUAAAGAUGGAAAAUGUAUUUUGCAAAGCAAAUUAUGUGAUGGACGUUUAGAUUGUUCAGAUAAUUCCGAUGAACUUGAUUGUGAUUUAAAGAUGUGCCGUAAACCCGAUUGGUUUCAAUGUUCUCUACCACAUGGCCCUUGUCUUUCAUCGGAUUUAAUUUGCAAUGGCAUUGAAAAUUGUCCCGGCGGUGAAGAUGAAUUGGAUUGUGUUGAUCAUGAGCGUGGUUCAUCGAAAGAUUUCGGUAUUGGUGGUUGGCACUCUAUGCAACGUAAUUGCAGUCAAUAUGAAUACACCUGUCAAUCGGAUCGCUCUUGCAUACCAUUGAAUUUUAUGUGUGAUGGUAAGAAGGACUGUCAUGAUGGUUCCGACGAGACAACAGGCUGCCUGAGGGCCGAGGCUAGUUGUAAGGGUUUCUUUUGUCAAAAUAAACGUUGUUUGGAGAGUAAGAAAUGGUUGUGCGAUGGCAUUGAUGAUUGCGGUGAUGGCAGUGAUGAGAUGAAUUGUGCUGACAAUUGUACCCCCGAAAUGGGCAAGUUUUUAUGUCGCAACAACAUCACCUGUCUGCCUCUAGAUAAAGCCUGCGAUGGCACACCAGAUUGUCCCGAUCGAACCGAUGAAUCAUUUCGCUGUACAGCUUCCAAUAGUUGCAAAAAUAAAACCUGUCCUCCUGCCUCAAAAUGUCAAAUGAUGCCACAAUCGGGUCCCGAAUGUAUAUGUCCAAAAGGCUUUAAACAUUCUCUAUUAGAGGAUGUAUGCAUAGAUAUAGAUGAGUGUUUGGAACAAUAUGGUGUCUGCAGUCAAACUUGUAUUAAUGCCCCGGGCACAUAUAGAUGUACUUGUGAUGAGGGCUAUAGUUUAAGAGAAGAUAAUCGUACUUGUGAGGCACGAGGAGAAGAAGCUUUACUAUUGUAUACUACACAGGUAACGGUGAUGGGUGUUAAUUUAAGAUCCAUGAGAGUGUAUACAGUGGCAAAGAAUCUGACCAAAGUUAUUGGAGUGUCCUAUAAUGGGGAGCAUAUCUAUUGGACAAAUAUACAAAAUGAAGGUGAAAGUAUUGUUAAGGCAAAUCCAGAUGGUUCACAGCAAGAAAUUCUGCUGACAUCGGGAUUAGAUGCUCCCGAAGAUUUGGCAGUAGAUUGGCUAACUGGCAACAUUUACUUUUCGGAUAAUGUUAUGCAUCAUAUAGCCGUUUGCUCAAAUGAUGGCCACUUCUGUACAGUUUUGGUAACCGAUGAUGUACAUCAGCCUCGUGGUGUGGCCUUGUGGCCUCAACGUUCUCAAAUCUUUUGGACUGAUUGGGGCAUUAAUCCCAUGAUAGCACGUGCCUCUAUGGAUGGCACCAAUUCUAUGCGUUUGGUAACCGAAAAAAUUCAUUGGCCCAAUGGUAUUGCUUUGGAUAUGUAUAAUGAUCGUGUGUAUUGGGUGGAUGCCAAAAUGGCCACCAUUGAAAGUGUUCGCACCGAUGGCACUGAUCGUAGAAUGGUGUUGGAAGAGAUUCUCAAACACCCAUAUGGUUUGGCCAUAUUUGAAGAUUAUAUUUAUUGGUCUGAUUGGGGCACCAAAAGUAUUCAUGCUUGUAAUAAAUUUACUGGGAAAGAUCAUAAAGUUGUAACGAAAGAUCGCACGAUAUAUGCUGUGCAUAUUUAUCAUUCGGCAAAGCAAAAGAAAAUUCCACAUGCCUGUGAGAGAGCUCGUUGCUCUCAUUUGUGUUUGUUGGCAGAGAAAAAUAGUUUUUCGUGUGCUUGUCCUGAUGGCAUGCAGUUGGGGCCUGAUCAAUUGCGUUGCAUGAAAACUCAUAAGAAGCAACGUUUGUUUUUGGGAGUGAGAGGUAAUUUACUGGAAAUGGAGCAUACCACGUUUGGUCGUCAUACCAUUACAACUACUCAUAAACUGGACAUGUUUAUUCAUGAACUGGCUUAUAAUAGUGUUAAUAACACCGUAUUUGUGGCCGAUAAUUUCCAAAAAGUUAUUUGUGAAGUGGACUUGCAAAGUAAUGUGGUGAGAACUUUGGUAAAGGGAAAUUUGGGCAAUGUCACGGGAUUGGCAUUUGAUCAUUUAUCCUAUAAUUUAUAUUGGAGUGAUUCCGAAAGACAUGUAGUCGAGGUAUUGUCACUACAAACAAAACAUCGAGCUAUAGUGGCAUUCUUUGCAGGAGUUGAAGCUCCUAUUGGUUUAGCCAUUAUACCAGAAGAUGGAACCAUGUUUAUUGCCUUAAAAGCUCGCUAUAUUCAUAUUGAUCAAAAAUCUUUGAGCGGUCUGGGAGAACAUUCUCAUGUCUUUGAGGAUGAGCUAGGUGAUGAUGACAUCAAAUUUGUUACUGAUCAUGAGACCAACACUUUGUACUGGGCCGAUAGUGAUUUGGGACGUAUAUCAUUUUCAGAUUAUCGCAAUUUACAUGCUUAUACCUUCCGUGGUCGCUUGAAGCGACCCUAUUCCAUUGCCAUAGUAGAUGAAGAUCUUUUCUGGACUGAACUCAAGUCGAAUACCAUACACUGGACUCACAAGAGUAAUAUGGGACCUUUAAAACGUUUCGAUAUAGAAGUCAAUCGUGAGUUAUACACCACACAUUCCUUACCUACUCACAUCCCCUUGGCGGCCAGUGUACCGGCUCCAACUGCUGAUCAUCCUUGUCAAAAUUGGAAUGGUGGUUGUUCGCAUGUUUGUGUUACCUUGAGUAAAUUUCUGGCUGGUUGUCUUUGUCCAGCUGGUUUGGUAUUUAGAGAUUCUACAAAUCGCACCUGUAUAGAGGCUUUGGAUUGUGAAUUCCGUUGUCGUUCGGGUGAAUGUUUAACUCUAUCGCGAAGAUGUAACAAUCGUAAAGAUUGCCCAGAUGGUUCAGAUGAAGAGGGUUGUGAUUUGGAUAAGAAACAAAAAACGAAAGUUGUAUGUCCGGUAGGUAAGUUUACAUGCCACAAUGGGGAGCAGUGUUUGGAGGCUGAUCAACGCUGUGAUGGCAAGAAACAAUGUCAUGAUGGCUCCGAUGAGGAUCACUGUGAACAUUUUGAUAAAUCCAAAAAUUGCCAUCGCCAUCAGCAUGUCUGUGACAAUGGCAACUGUGUGGACUUUAGUGUUAUGUGUGAUGGUGUUAACGAUUGUGGUGAUAAUUCUGAUGAACAGAAUUGUAAAUUGGCUAAAGGUAAGGAGGCAAGUUUACGUCCGGUAUGUGGCAAAGAUAUGUUUCAGUGUAAUAGUGGCACUUGCAUUGCCAAAUCCUGGGAAUGUGAUGGUAAAAUUGAUUGCUCCGAUAGCUCAGAUGAACAUGAUAAAUGUGGCGUUAAGGAUUGCCCUAGUGAUAUGCAUAGAUGCCUUUUGGGACAGUGCAUCGAUAAACGUUUAGUAUGUGAUGGCCACAACGAUUGUGGCGACUAUUCCGAUGAACUUAAUUGUGAUUUGAUAACGGGCAAAAAGCGCAAAAUGUCCUGUGGCGAUGAAUUGAAUCCUAUGUAUGAAUGUCCUAGUGAUUCCAAUAUUUGCCUGGAACUCUCUGCCAAAUGUAAUGGCACGGCCGAAUGUCCACGUGGGGAAGAUGAAGCGGACUGCGGCAACAUGUGUAGCAUCUAUGAGUUUCGCUGUAGGUCUAGUAAAGAAUGCAUACGCUCAGAAUUUCGCUGUGACAAUGAGAAAGACUGUGCUGAUGGUUCAGAUGAGGAGAAUUGUGAAAGACAUGGAGCCUGGAAUGCUUCGGUGGGUAUACAAACACAUGAAAAAGCUUGCGGUCCUAAAAUGUGGGAUUGUCGAGAUGGUGGUUGUGUUGAUGAGUCACGGGUAUGUGAUGGUUUCGACGAUUGUGAUACGGGAGCCGAUGAGGGUCCUUUGUGUAAAACUGCCUGUAAACCUAUGGCUGGAAAAGCGCCCUGCCAGAAUAAGUGUAAAGCCACCCCAGCCGGAGCAGUUUGUUCCUGUUUUAGUGGCUACAAAUUAGAUACAGAUCAUCGUUCUUGUAUUGACAUCAACGAAUGUGAAGAACAAGAUCCUUGUGCUCAAAUAUGUGAAAAUAAUCAUGGUUCGUAUAGAUGUUCUUGUUAUCCAGACUUUAUGAUGCGUCCCGAUAAGGCCUCUUGCAAAUCAAUAGAGAGUGAGAAAUCAUUAUUAUUUUCCACCUACGAUGAGGUACGCAGCAUGACCGAACAGCCCAUAAUGCUGAAAGUAGCCUGGAAAGCUAAUGAUACCAAAAUAAAUGGUUUUGAUUUAAAUGUUAGAACACGUAAGGCUUACUUUACCACCGACAAUGAAAACAUACUGUACAAAGUGGAUGUGGAUACAGGAGUGAUUAAAGCUGCGUUGGAGCUGCCUAUGCCGGGCAAAGUAGCAGUAGAUUGGAUAACAGACAAUGUCUAUGUCAUCAGCCGUUAUCAAGUGUAUGAGAUUAAGGUCUGUUCCUUUACGGCCAAAAUGUGUGGCACCAUUUUGAAGGCAAAACCACGUGAAACUAUCAAAACUCUUACCGUAGAUGCCUACAAUAGACGUUUAUUUUUUGUUGUAGUGCAAACUCAAACAUUUGGUUCUCACCGAUCACGUAUAGCUACCGCCAAUUUGGAUGGUAGUAAACGUGAGUACUUGCUAAACAAAGAAAUGAGUUUCAUUACCACCUUAGCCUGUGAUCCCUACAAAAAGAUGCUCUACUUUGCCGAUUUGCAUCAGAAGACCUUACACGGUAUUAGCUAUCGUUCUGGAGCGAGAGGUAUACCCAUUACAUUGCUACAAAAGGGGAAUAUAAUUAUGCAUCCCUCCGGUUUAACCUGGUAUGAGAAUCAAGUGUUUAUUGUUAACCUGGGAGCUAAAGAAUCCAUACGUUGUUUUCUGUAUGGCUCAAGAAAGUGUAAAGCCUUCAAUUUGAAUAUACUCAAUGCUGAGGAUAUACUCAUAGAUGGUGCUUCACGUCAGCCCAUGAAUCGCAAUCCCUGCACAAUGGCGAAAUGUCGUGGCAUGUGUGUACAAACUGAAUUCAGCUACGAAUGCAUGUGUGGUGAUUCCAUAGUAAGUGAAUCCAAACAUUGUGAUACCAACAAUGAGAUCACCUCCUCAGCCUUGCUGAUACAACGUCCCGCGCCCUCAAAUGAAGAUCAGGGAUCAUCCCAUAUAACUGCAGUGGUUUGGUCACUGAUUACCCUGCUGAUCCUGCUACUCUGUGGCUUGGGGUAUUUUUAUUAUCGUCGCAAACAGCAGGGACAACGUGAUUUUAUUCGUAACCUGCAUUUCCAGAAUCCAUUGGCAUCUUUCAUACCACACAACGGCAGCAAAACAGGAACCCUGGACAGUGGACUCACCACAACCGGAACGGGCAGCUCAUCGGGCACCACGGCUGCCUCAUUCGAGGUCGAAAGGGAAAAGUUACACAUUGGCUCAUCAAUUCAGAGAUUUUUACGUGGCUCGUCGUCGUCGCAUGGCUCGGAGAUUUUGCUGGAAACCGCCAAGCCCCAUGAAGUAUAUGAAGUGGUCCCGGAGAAACAGCAGCAGCAGCAGCAGCCACGACGACCCGAACAAUCACUCAUACCGAAUCUGUUGGUGGAAGAUACCGAACACGAUAUCACCCUCGCAAUUGGAGAUUAUGAUGAUGAUGCGAGAGCCCGGCUUGUACCCUAGAUGAAUUGUAAAUUCUUUAAAAUAUUUUUAUAUUUUUUUUAUAAUUUUAUGUAAUAUAUUUUUUUUUUGUAAAUUAUUAUAAAACUUAGUUAUUUUGUAAAUUAUGUAAAAAUUAAUUAGUUAAAUGUUAUGUAAUUUAGUGUAUGUAAAUAUGUAAGUAAUAAAAAGUUAUCUUAAUUUCU